AAAUUUCGUAAAAAAUUAAUAAGCAAUAACAAAUAUUUUAUUUUUGAUUUAUUUUUUAUUUUGUAUCUUUUUUUAUACUCAUAAAAUUAUAUAUUAUUAAAAUUAACACAUAGGAUAAAAAUGUUUAUAAAUAUAUUUUCAUUUUUGUUUGGUGUGUUCUCAACAAUAAUAUGUGCGAUUUAUUUGUUUGUUCGAUUAUUAGAAACAUUAGAUACAAAAACAGAGAAGGCAUAUAUUGAUAUGUUAAAAGAAGUAGAGGAAGAAAAGAAAUUAAUGAAGUUAGAUACAUCAAGAUAUAGCACAGAGAAAAGAGGUAAAAUUUAUAUAAAAUUACCAGAUUCAACUACAAAUAUCCCAGAAAAGCAUUAUUGCGUUUUAAAGAAUAAUAUGUUAUUUUUAUUUAAUCGUCCUGAUGAUGUAUCAGCAGUUAAUGUAAUUUGUUUUGAUGGAUGUUCAAUUUCAAUUGUUAGAAACAAAGUUGGUUCAUCAAAAUAUAAUAAAAAGAAUUGUGUUAGUGUUAUGCAGCCAGAAAGAGAUCUAUUAUAUCAUUCAAAGAUAUUGCAUUUCUAUUUUGAUAAUGGAAAAGAUUUAGAAACUUGGUUUUGGUACAUUAAGGAGGCAUCAUCGCUAACUGUUAGAAAAUCAUCAUUAGAGGAUCAAGAAGAGAAAACAUGUAAGAAGUUUUUUGAGGAGUUACCUGUUCGUUUGAAUAUUCCACCACAAUGUAGAGUAGGCAGUAUACCGGAACCAGUCCAAUCGACCAUCGGAUUAAAUGGUAGCAAUGGGGUCACAAGCGCUGGCGCUGUAUCAAAUAACUCAAUGGGUUCAGUUGCAAGCAAUAGUAAUGGAUCAGGCAGCAGUUCAAUUGGUGAAAGUUUAUCAUCAUUUGCACAAAAGAAAUUAAAAUCAAAAUCAAUUUCUAGUACUGAAGAGUCUGUUUUACGUGAUAGAUCAUCAAAAUCAUCUUCAACCAACUCAGCAUUUUCGAACGAAAUGAUUGAUAAUCAUAUUAACACAAUUAUUGACGAUAUUAAUGAUGGUAGUAAUGGCAAUAGUGGCUAUGUUAAAAAAGGUGGCUCCAUCCAUUUAUCUCAAGGAUUAGCAAAUAAUAUUCAAACAGGUAUACCUUCACAUAUCAUUACACCACCAUCAAAGUAUGAUUGGUUUAAUGUUGCUUUGGCCCGUGUAUUUUUUAAUUUCUAUGAUUCAGAAACUUUAUUAGGUUUUGCUGCAGAGAAAAUUACCAAAAAAAUCAACAAAUUAAAAAAACCUUCAAUAUUAAAAUCAAUUACAUUACAAAAUUUAAAUUUUGGGCCAAAUAUACCAGUAUUAAAUGAUGCAAAACUAUUAUAUUUAACACCACAGGGCGAGUUUAGUGCAGAUAUAGCAAUAACAUACCAUGGUGGAUUUACAUUAACAAUUAAAAUCGAAGUAAUGAUUAGUUUCCGUAAUCAUUCAGUUACUAUACCAUUUGUAAUUUCAGUGUUGGUAAAAUCAUUAUCAGGUAGAUUAAAUGUUCAAUGUUUACCAACACCAACUAAAAGAUUUUGGAUAGGUUUUUACGAAGAACCAGAGUGCGAACUUUCAAUUGAUACAUCAAUUGGUCAAUCUAAAACUGGCUACUUUACAAAUAUGCCUAAAUUAGCUAAAAUCAUUGUAAAUAAAUUAAAAGCUGAACUAUUUGAAAUGAUGGUAUUACCAAAUAUGGACGAUUUCCCAUUACCACAUCCAAAAAGCUCAAAACAUAAAAACCAAAGUAUUAAUCCACAAACCCAAAAUACAACACCAAACCCAACACCACAAUUUGCAACCCAAACUGUUGUUCAAUAG